UUGAUGUUUCAGUUUCAUCGUUCCGUGAAUUCAACAACGACUGUCAGCUGUUCAAUAUGCGGAACGAUGGUAUCAGAGGAGUAUACUGCAUUGUAUAGUCCACUUGUAGAAGUCAUUCUACAUCGGGUUCGACAUCUGUUCGCAAAUCUUGUAUUUAACGUGCGCGUGCGUGUAUUUGUAUUAACGUAUGUACAUGCAAGAAAGAAGAGAAACAGAUAAAGCAAUAAAAACAAAGAUAGAAAAGGAUAUAAAAAGAAAUUAGGAAAGAAGCGGAUAAAGUGUUCUUACGCGCACCGUCUGUGCGAUUUAUGCAAAAUCUUGUGCGUAACGUGGAUGUAUUGACACAAGGACUAAAAUACAGUAUAUCAGGACUAAUGAACCUCGCAAAUCAGACUACUGAUCCUCAAAGUGGUGUUUUCUUUGUCAACUUCAAUCAAGAUUGCACAUCUUUGGCAGUAGGAUCAAAAGCAGGGUACAAGCUUUUUUCUCUAAAUUCCAUUGACCAUCUUGAAAAGAUAUAUGAAAAUGAUACUGAGGACAUAUGCAUCGUUGAACGACUAUUCAGCAGUAGUCUUGUGGCGGUGGUUAGUCUAUCAUCACCUCGUAAACUCAAAGUAUGCCAUUUUAGGAAAGGGACAGAAAUUUGCAAUUAUAGUUACUCUAAUACCAUUUUGGCUGUGAAGCUCAAUAGAGCAAGAUUAGUAGUAUGCUUGGAAGAAUCAUUAUACAUUCAUAAUAUAAAGGACAUGAAAGUGUUGCAUACAAUCCGUGAUACUCCACCUAAUUUAGCAGGCUUGUGUACGCUAUCGAUAAAUAGUGAUAAUUGCUAUUUAGCAUAUCCAGGAUCAAACACAAUUGGAGAAGUUCAAAUAUUCGAUGCGAUCAAUCUUCAAGCUAAAACUAUGAUUCCUGCACACGAUAGUCCUUUGGCAGCACUUGCAUUUAGUCCAAAUGGUACCAAAGUAGCUACGGCUUCUGAGAAGGGUACUGUAAUUAGAGUUUUUCAUGUUCAUGAUGGUACAAAACUGUUUGAGUUUCGUCGAGGAGUUAAGCGAUGCGUAUCUAUAAGCAGUCUUGCUUUUAGUAUGGAUUCUAUGUUCCUUUGCUGUUCAAGUAAUACUGAAACAGUGCAUAUUUUCAAGUUGGAAGAACCAAAAGAAGCACUACGGCAAACAACGGAUGAAUCACAAACUUGGAUGACAUAUCUAACCAAAGCAAUGUCCGCAUCUGCUAAUUAUUUACCUUCCCAAGUAACCGACGUUUUUAACCAAGGGCGUGCCUUUGCGAGUGUCCAUUUACCUUUCCAAGGGUUAAAAAAUGUUUGUGCUAUUACAGUAAUACACAAAGUACUUAGGCUGUUGGUGGCUAGUGCUGAUGGGUAUUUAUAUGUUUACAACUUGGAUACAACAGAAGGCGGGGACUGUACAUUGCUUAAGCAGCAUAGAUUAGAUGGCAAACGAGAUGAAGUGGAUUGUGCAAGUGUAUCCUCAGCUGGUGUAGGAUCUGGAGAAACUCCAGCAGGAACUGCUGCACGAAUAGUACAAAAUACAGCCUGCAUAAAUAGCUACGCGGGUGUGUUGCGCGGCCGCUCGCCAGACUCCAUGUCAGAGUCAGAGAAGUAUCAUGAGAUGAUAGCAGCUACAGAGAGUCCACCACGAUUUUCGGGUUCAUUCCGUUUGAAAGAUGAUGCCGAAUUUCCACCUGUCACGCAAAGAACGGAUUGAGUGUAAUGAUUUUACGCAUAUCAAAAAAUUACAGAUGAAGAUGAAUUACAUACAGCAGUGAUCUAAAUUAAAGACACUAUAGUACAGGUUGAACGAUAAGUUAUCACAUGUAAGACGUUGCAAGUACAAGGAAGCAACAAUUAUUUUGUAAUGAGAAUAUUACAACAAACACAUUAAUGAAUUUGUAUAAAUUACAUAACUAACGCCAAAAUUAGCAUGUGUUUAGUGUCCAUAUUGUUUCCAAAAUUGACAUUUUGAAAAGACUAUCAGGAUACUUUUGUUUAUGAUUACAGUUAUUUUUUCAAAUCAGUAUUUUCUACUAGAACAUUAUCAUUAUCAAAGAGCGUAAAGUUUGUUUUAGACAAUGUAGUAAUUUAAUAAUAAGUAAUGGUUACUGCAAUGCUCGAACAAAAAAAAAGAUAUUGAAUAAACUCAAGCUAAAAUAUGCUUGAAAAUAUUUAGCAAAAAUGUUUGACAUAAACAUACAUGAAACAGUAUGUAGACAUUUAAGUAUUUUUACUGUGAAUUAAAACAUAAAUACGAUAAAUACUACAUAUUCUAGAUAUGUUAUUGACAAACAAUAAUUAUUUAUAAUACGUGAUACUCAUUGUAUUUACUGUGUGAAACAAGAUUUUCUUAUUGAAUUGCUGUAUAUUGUAAUUAUAUUUUCAUCUUCUGUGUUCGAUAAUUAACAAAAUAUCAUAUUCUCUUAAAAUAAAAUGUAAAAAAAAAAAUGGGAAAGAUUAUAAAUUGAAAUUUUAUAAAGAAUAUAAUACUUACAAGGUUUUGAGGAACUUUUCCAUUAAUAUUUUUCAAAAAUUAAAUGUUCUGAAAUAUUUGUGAUAAUAUUUCAUGGUUUCUUUUUACAUAAGUUAGCUCAAUAGAAUGAAAAUUGAAAAUAGAUUUAUAUAAAUACAUAAAAUAAGAUAAAUUUCUUAACAUAUUUUAAUUUUUAUUGAUUUUUGGACACAAAAUAUAUAUAAAUAGGUAUUUUAAAAAGCAAAAAAAAAAAGAAAAUAGAAUAGUUGAACUAUUAUUUCUUUAAGCAAAUUAUAUUGAAAAAGAAAAAAAUAUGUUAACCCAUUUUCGAUUAUUAUUAUACUUUAUCCCAUUGUAUAAUGUAAAAUGCAUAAUGAAGUGUAGUUGUUGUCUACAUAUAGUAAUAUACUCUAAACACUUUCUUCUAAGUAAGGAUUGAAGUGUAUUUGUGUUUUUUUGAUAAAA